AUGGCAGCUUCUCUUUUCUCAUUGAGCGGUAGAACCGCUCUCGUCACGGGAGGAACAAGAGGAAUCGGACAGGCUAUGGCAGUGGCCCUGGCGGAAGCUGGUGCUGACGUUAUCCUUAUUCAGAGAGACGAAUCUAACACCGCAACUCGCGAUGAAAUCACCCGCCUAGGCCGUAAAGCUACAAUACACGUCGCUGAACUAUCGAACCGCGAAUCCGUCAAGGGUAUCAUUCCCGCUCUGCAGAAACAGGGACUCAAGCCUGAUGUUCUCCUGAACUGCGCCGGUAUUCAGAGGAGGCAUCCAAGUGAAAAGUUUCCCGAUGAGGACUGGGAUGAGGUCCUACAAGUCAAUCUCACAUCUGUUUUCACUCUAUCCCGCGACUUUGGCGCGUACUUACUAUCGCGGGACGAGUCUGAAUUCCCAUCUGGUCGUCGUGGUUCUGUUAUCAACGUUGCGUCACUGCUCUCGUUCCAGGGUGGGAUUACUGUUCCUGCGUACGCUGCAUCGAAGGGAGGUGUGGCGCAACUGACCAAGGCUCUCUCGAACGAGUGGGUUUCGAAGGGUAUCACCGUGAAUGCGAUCGCGCCUGGGUACAUUGACACGGAUAUGAACGUUGCGUUGAUCAACGAUCAGAACCGUAAUGCGGGCAUCAUGGCUAGAAUCCCUGCGGGACGGUGGGGGAAACCGGAGGACUUUAAGGGAAUAGUGGUCUUUCUGGCCAGUCGUGCAAGUGACUAUGUUUCUGGAGAGGUUAUCUGUGUGGAUGGUGGUUGGAUGGGACGAUAG